UCCUAAUUCAAUACCCGUUCGGAUAUUCUGCUACUUCGGUUUGGAUUUCGGUUCGGGUUUUUUGGAUCGGGUUCGGAUACCACUUCGGAUAUCGGGUAAAGUGCCCACCCCUACCAUAAAAAUAUGUACAUUCCUAGUAUUUUAUAGUUUAGUUUAUAUCUCAAUAUCCAAUAUCUAAUACUAGAGUUGAUUUAAAUAUGUGGUUCUUUUUAAAAAUAUACAUUAUUAAAAUUAUUAUACAAAACUAAAAUAAAUUUUCAACCAUUUUACUUAUUUUAAAAUAUUAAACCCCUCGAUAUUAUAAAUAUAUUAUAACAUUACGUAAACAAGAUUUCAAAAUUGAUUCUUUUAAAAAUAAGAUCUUUUAAAUAUCUAAACAAACAAUCUAACAAAAGAUCGAAACUGAUUCUAAAAAAAACAAUAUUAAUUUAGUUAAAGAAAGUUGAAGUAAUCAUUUAUUCUGAUAAUUUAUUUCAAAUAGUUAUUUAUAAUUUUAUCUCUAUAAUUAUAAAUUUCCAUACGAUUUUAUUAGAAUCAUCAACUUAUUGUACAUGUCUUUUUCUUAUAAACUGAUGCUAGACACAUACUAUAUAAUAUUUAUCUUCUAAAGGAAAACAAAUCACAAAAAUUUAGCAAUAUUAUUAAUUAUAGUUUUAACCUCCUUAAAAAUUAAAUUAUUUUUAUGUAAAACUAUCAAAUUCCCUUCAUUUCAUUUUAGUUGUUGUUUAGGUUUAUGCACACAGAUUAAGAAAACAUUUAAUUUUGCAUAUUUUCAAAAUAAAAAUAUCAUUACCUAUACAUCUAACUAUAUUUCAAUCAACAAAAAAAACGUUAAUAAAUUUUGCAUUGAAAACAUAAAACGACACUUAAAAUAAAACAAAAUUUUAACUGUAAAACGAUGACUAAUAUGAAACGGAGGGAGUGAUUUAUUUGCAAAUAUAAUAUUUUGAAAACUUCAAAGCUUAUAAUUUAAUAAACUAUAAAUUAUUGAUAACUCUUCGAAAUUAAAUUUUGAUAUAUUCCACAUUGUCAAAUUCCAUCUCCAUAUAUAUAAACUAUAAAUUAUUGAUAACUCUUCGAAAUUAACUUUUGAUAUAUUCCACAUUGUCAAAUUCCAUCUCCAUAUAUACAUCUAUUUAAACAUACAUAAUAAAAAAAAAAUUCAUAAUUAGGUUACACAUAAUUUGAAACAUAUAAUUUUACAUUUAACAAAUCUUUAUACCUUUCAGUGGAAUUAUUCAAAAAAGAAAAUAAAUCCCGCAUUUUCAAAGCACGGAUCAAAAUCUAGUAAAUGAUUAAAGUUCAUGGUUGGUUCAGUAGUUUGAUUAAAGAUUCAUUAAUACUUCUACACCAGGAGUAUUGUCAAUUUUGUAUCCGACAUGACGGCUUAGGUGAUGCAAUCAUACAUGAAUCCUCAUAAAGCAGGUAUAAUUUAAAAUCUAUCAAAAUACAUGAUUGAAUAACACCGCAUAAAUAAAAAAAUGGCUAGAGAUUUUAAAAGGGAUCUAAAGUCCGUAUGUUUAGUAUCUUAAUUUCCAUAAAACCAAAAUACAAUAAAAAUGUAUAUAGAUUAAUUAUUUGACAACAACAAAACAUUCAUAAAUAGGUUUAAAUGGAUUAUCUAAUAGGUAUAAGUAUAACUAAACAAGCUUUAGGUUAACCAAUAUUUUGAAAUUGUUUUUGUUAUAUAAAGAGAAGAAAGCCGCUGUUAGUAGAAAACAAAAAGAUCAGAAAUGAUGAAGCUGCGUUUGAGACGUUACGAGACUAGGGAAACCCUAGAAUUUGAACUGGCUGAUACAAGCAACCUCCAUGAUCUCUGCCAUCGGAUCAGUUCAUCUACGCCUUCCUCCGUUCACUUCUCGCUUAAUCGCAAUGACAAGCCGUCUCCCAAGGAUACACUCCGAUCUCGUGGUAUGACUCCCAGUGACCUCAUUUACUACUACUCUCAACACCCCUCUUCUCCGAUUAAUAUUGAGAUCGUUGCAUCUGCUGGAAGCAAAAGGUUAAGCGUACCAUUCCUCUUGAAAAAGGUAUUACUCGAGAAAUCUGGUGAUGAAAGUGGCUUGACUAUCUUGGCUACUUCAGUUCACGCCGUCAUGUUAGAAUCUGGAUUCAUGUUGUUAAACAAUCGUGGCUGCUUUGAUAAGUUUAGCUUUUCUAAAGAUCUGCUUACUGUAUCCCUAAGGUAUACUCUCCCUGAGCUAAUCACCAAGACGAGGGUUGAGUAUGUGACUGUUACGUUUCAGAACUUGAGCAAUACGAUUGUGGUCUACGGAUCGCUAGGAGGCCGUGGGUGUAUGGUGAAAAGGGUUAGUCUCAAUAAGAAUAGGUUUGUGUCCGUUAUCGAUUUGGUUGUGGACACUUUGAGGUUCGAGAAACAAGCCUCUUGCAGCAGCUACCGCGACAUGUUCACGUUCUGGAAGAUGGUGAAAGAUGGUCUUUCUAUCCCGUUGCUGACGUGUCUUUGCGAGAAGUAUGGUUUGGAACUUCCAGCUUGCUUGAUGCAACUACCAACGGAGCUGAAGAUGAAGAUACUUGAGUUGGUUCCUGGCGACAGUGUUGCCAAAAUGGCUUGCAUAUGUGCGGAGAUGCGGUGUCUGGCUUCAGACAAUGGCUUGUGGAAACAGAAGUGCUUGGAGGAAGCCAAGCAUCUCGUUGUGAAUCGGUCCAGUGUUUCUUGGAAGGCAGAGUUUGCUGCUUUUUGGAAGCAACGCCAAAAAGUUAGAAGUGACAUGGAGAUAAGUCGUCGCAGCGUGACUAGUCAUGGGAUCAUUGCACAGUCUCGCGCUGACCGUAUCAGUAGUCUUCGUGCGUACCGUAGACAACGCCGUCAACGCUAAUGCCCCUUUCCCUUUCCGAAUGUUUGGUGUUUUCCAUAUUAGCUAAUAAAUCCCUUGGAUAUUUUUUAUUCUUUAGAUAGGUCUUUUGUUUUAGGAUUAGUUUUCUCUUCUCCUUUGCCCUGCUUAUGCUAUUUGGUUGUUAUUUUAUAUCUUUAAAAUAAAGCUUUUGACCAACUUAUGAUUAACAUAUUGCAUAGUGGUUCCUAUAUCUAUAAUGUUCCUUGGAUUAUUUACAAGCGAGAUUCAAACUCUCAUUUUCAUUUUGCCACUUUAGAUCCUGCUUAUAUGGAUGAAUCUAAAGAAGGUCAUCAUUAACUAUUUUUUUCUUUCAAAUAGUGGUUUUUUAUGUUAGCCUAAUUACAGAAUAUAUAGUUGAUUUACUUUAUGUAAGAAACACUUGUAUACGUGAUAUUUGAUAUUAACUAGUUAUAUAUGAGUUAAAGAUCUAUAUAAUCUACUCCACUGUUUGUGUGAAUUUCUAUUUACAUAACAAUUUAAUUAAAAGUUCUUUGUUUUAUGUGAAUUAGCUGAAAAAAUGAU